AUGGAUCCAGAAAAUAUGAAGGAAACGACUCCAUUAUUGCCUAGAGUUGAGAGCAUUCGGAGGAAUUCAAGACCGGAAAAGCCGAAGAAUAAAAAGCUAUGCAAAAGGUUGUGUGGAUGUUGUAAGCAUAAACGAAUUGCUGAAUUUUACAGACAUCAAGAUCAACUGAUUGAUGCUUAUAAGAGUGACGACGCUGAAAUGGAAGCAUCUGAUGGAGAAGAUGCUGAGAAGAAGGAAUCUACUCAUGGAGACGCGAUUUUAUCCCGAACUGUCUUGUUCAUCAAUGUCAUUUUAUUGUUAGCGAAAGUGGCAGCAACGUAUCUCACUGGUGGAGCCUCUUUAUCAAUUAUAUCGACACUUUUGGAGAGUGUGGUUGAUAUUACGGGUGGUGCCAUCUUAUGGUACGCAUCUCAUUCAAUUGUUCGUACCGACUAUCGAGCCUAUCCCCGAGGAAGGAGUAAACUCGAGAAUCUCUCAAUCAUUCUAAUUGGUGUGAUCAUGGGAAUGGCCAACUUUUACAUCAUUUUUACAUCAAUUGAGAGCAUCCUCGCUAGCAAAGAGGCUCCAAGUCUUGACUAUAUCACAAUUGGUCUCAUGAUUGGCACAAUAAUUACGAAGUUUAUCUUGUGGAUCGUUUGUUACAAGAGAGGUACAACAUCGAGUCGAGUUUUGGCGAUUGAUCAACGGAAUGAUUCGAUGACAGUGACAGUAGCAAUAGUAGGUGCACUGAGCGCUCGCUGGUGGUCUUAUGCUGAUCCACUGGCUGCUUCACUGAUCUCAGCGUAUGUUGCUUAUUCGUGGAUUCAAGUAGUCUUGGAACAGUUUCCCCAAAUGAGUGGAAGAGCUGGCACGCCCGAAGAAUACAGUCGAAUAGCGAGGGUUUGCAUUGAACAUUCAUCACAUAUUCGUGGUCUCGACACAUUACUUGUUUAUCAUACAGGAGAGAAGCUACUAGUAGAAGUGCAUGUAGUGGUCGAUGCGAAUUUGACGUGCAAAGUUGUACAUGACGAGGUAGUCUCUCCACUCCAACGAAAGCUCCAAAAGCUAUCAAUAGUCGAGCGAGCCUUUGUUCACGCCGAUCAUGAGUUCGACGGAUAUGUA